AUGCUGCUGAGCAUAUGGGCCCUGCUACUCCCCCUCACAACCGCCUUCUACAUCCCCGCCAUCUCGCCAAACUACUACCAUACCGCCGACCCAAUCCCCCUCCAAGUCAACAAACUAACCUCCUCCAAAACCCAACUCCCCUACGCCUACUACGACCUCCCCUUCUACCCAAAACCCCGCAACCCCCACAGAGUAUCUCUCAAUCUCGGCGAAGUACUACGGGGUGACAAAAUCAUGGGGAGUGACUACGAGUUGCGGAUGGGCGAGGAUGUUGAUUGUAAGUGGUUGGGGGAUGUAGAGAUAAGCGCUGAUCAGGCACGGAGAGCGGAGGAGAUGGUUAGGGAGGAGUAUGUGAUUGAGUGGAUUGUUGAUAAUUUACCGGGUGCGACGUCGUAUAUCACAGAAGACCGCACGAAGAAAUACUACGGCGCGGGGUUUCGGAUGGGGAGCUUCGUUGAUGGGAGGGCGAGAUUGAAUAACCACGUCACCAUCGUCUUGAAGUGGCGUGCGGCGGCGAUGGAUCCCUCCAAAAGGCUUAUUGUUGCGUUCGAAGUGUAUCCGAAAUCAAUCGCGGGCCCACCAGGGACCUGUCCCCCCGUCCUCGAAGCACCCGGUCUCCCACCCUUCGAACUCACCGGCGAUCCAGCACUGAUAACAUACACCUACUCCGUCUAUUGGCGCGAAGACAACGAGGGCCCGGGUUGGGACGAUCGGUGGAGUAUGUAUAUGCUCGGCGGCGUAGAGGGGGCAAGCGGGAGCGGGAGUGUGGUUCAUUGGGUUUCGGUGGUGAAUAGUUGUGGGAUUGUGGUGUUGCUCACAGUCAUGAUCGCCAUGAUCCUCAUCCGGACGCUGAAGCGCGAUAUCUCCUCCUACAACGCCGUCCCAGACUCCGAAUCGCUGGAGGCGGAGACGGAGACGGAGACGGAGAGCGCGGGGUGGAAGUUGGUUCGUGGUGAUGUUUUCAGACCACCGCGACACCCCGGGGCCUUUGCGGCCCUCAUCGGCAGCGGCGUCCAAAUUGCCGCCGCAAGCGCCGGGGUCCUCGUCCUCAGCGCACUCGGCGUCCUCAACCCCUCCUACCGCGGCGGAUUCCUAGGCGUCGCACUCCUUCUCUUCGUCUCCGCCGGGUUCAUGUCCGGGUACGUCUCCGCCCGAAUUUAUACCGCAUUCAACGGACAACGUGUCCUGCGGAACGCGCUCGUUACGGCGUGUGCGGUGCCGGGGAUUGGUGUUUUGGUUUUGGGGGGGUUGAAUUUGGUGGUUUGGGCGGAGGGGAGUUCGGGGGCGGUGGGGGUGGUGGUGGGUACGUGGGUGUGUGUGUGUGUUCCGCUCGUUCUCGCCGGGGCGUGGGUCGGAAACAGACAACCCGCGAUAAUCCAACACUCACCCAAACCCAAACAAAUCGCGCCGCAGCCGUGGUGGACGAGGUGGUGGGCCUGCGUGCUGCUUGGCGGCGCGAUACCCUUCGCUGUGGUGUUUGUGGAGUUGAUGUACAUUUUGAGAACAUUAUGGGUAGACCAGACGGGGUACUACUACCUCUACGGCUUCCUCAUCCUCAUCGCCCUCAUCCUCGCCCUCACCAUCCUCGAGAUCUCGAUAAUCUACACUUACCUUCUCCUAUCCGCACAAAACCCCAACUGGUGGUGGCGCGCAUUCGUCAUCGGCGCAUCACCUGCCAUAUGGGUUUUCGUGUAUAGUGUGGUGUGGCAUGGGAGGGUGCGGGGGGGGGAGUGGGUUGGUGGGUUGUUGUUUGUGGGAUAUAUGGGGGUUGGGUGUGGGGCGUUUGGGUUGGUUGGGGGGAUGGGGGGGGUGCUUGGGAGUUGGGUGUUUGUGAGGAGGAUUUAUGGGGCAAUUAAAGCGGACUGA